AUGCUCGCUCCUCCGCCUGCUGCUGCCGAUGGCGCCGCCAGCGCUGGCGGCGGCACUUGGCAAUGCGCGGCGGGUUUGACGGCGGGAGAGGCGGCGGGGAAUGCGGCGCAGCUGGCGGGGAUGGACGAGAGCAUGCAGGCGCUGCGGGAAGUGGUAGUGUGGCCGAUUAAGUACGCGAAGGAGGCCGCCGCGCUAGGCCUGAAGCCAGACUCACUCUGCCUCCUCCCUUUCCUCCCACGUGCUUUCCCUGCUGCUGCGCUUUCCCCAGCAGCCGUCAGGUGUGCUGCUGUUCAUCUGGUGUGCUGCUGCUGUAUGGCCAUCCCAAUACACCCUCUCCCUUUCUUUGUGGCGUCUCAAAAACAGACCCACUCCACACACCUUCCCUUCCUCCCCACCCACAUUCCAUGUGCAGUGGCCGUCAGGUGUGCUGCUGUAUGGUCCGCCAGGCACAGGCAAGAUCAUCAUCCAUCUUCGGAGCAUACGCAGGAGGGGAGCGCGAGAGCCAUGCUCGAGGCAUGCACUAAUACUAGUCCCUUCCCUUCCUGCCCCACACCACCGCAUUGCAUCAGGUCGCCAUCCAUCUUCGGAGCAUACGCAGGGGAGAGCGAUAGGUCGUCGUCCAUCUUCGGAGCAUACGCAGGGGAGAGCGAGAGGCGCCUGAGAGAUGUCUUUGAUGCCGCCAGGGGCGGGAAGGAUGGGGAGGGGGGACUGGGGGAGGGAGUUACUGAGGGAGGGUCAGAGGGAGGCGCGGAUUUGCGUCCGUCGAUUGUUUUCAUUGACGAGAUUGACGUGUUGUGCCCCAAGCGAGACUCCAGGCGGCAGAACGAGACAAGAAUAGUGUCUCAGCUUCUCACUCUCAUGGACGGCAUUUCCACUUCCUCACUCCCCUCCUCCUCCCCUCUCCAAUCCUCCUCCUCCCAAUCCACCGCUUCCCACCCUUCCCGACCACUUGUUGCCAUCGCUGCCACCAAUCGCCCCAACGCACUAGAUACCGCGCUACGCCGGCCGGGAAGAUUCGACCGCGAGAUUGCAAUCAACGUACCAGGCACGAGGGAGAGAGAGGCGAUACUGAAGCUGCAUGCGCGCUCCCUCCCUCUGCAUGCUGACGUGGACAUGCGGCAACUGGCGGCGCGUUGCAAGGGCUACGUGGGCGCUGACCUGGCAGCGGUGUGUCGCGAGGCUGCCCUUGCUGCCGUCAUGGAGAUGGCUGCUGGGGAGGAGGAGAGGGGAGGGGAGGCGUUUUCUGGGGGAGGAGGGGCGGUGGUAGGAGAAGGGGAGGCGGUUUUGGGGAAAAAGGAGGCGGCUCUUGCUGCCCUCAUGGAGAUGGCUGCUGGGGAAGAGGAGAGUGUUCCUGGAGUAGGGGAGGUGCACUUUGAAGCGGCGCUUUCUCGUGUGGGGCCUUCUGUGACUCGCGGCGUGGCCGCUGAGCUGCCUGCCAUCACGUGGAACGACAUUGGAGGCUUAGAGGGCGUGAAGGUGAGAGCGUAUGUUAAGGGGAAACUGCUGUAUGUGCCGCAGACAGCUGUGCUCUCUCGUGUAAGCCUGUCUGUGACUCGUGGCGUGGCGGCUGAGCUGCCUGCUGUCUUGUGGAACGACAUUGGAGGGCUGGAGGGCGUCAUGGUGAGAAUAAAGUUAGAACUGGGGGUCUGGAGGGUGUGGGGCUGGUAUGCAUGA